AGGGCGGCGGCCAACAUGGCGGCGUCCGCGGCCGGCCUGAGCGGCCUGGGGGGCGGCGCCGGCGGCGGCGGCGGCGGCGGCCUGGGCGGCGGCGCGGGCGGCGGCGGCGGCCUGGGCGGCGGCGCCGGCGCGGUGCCCGAGGCCGGGGACUUCCUGGCCCGCUACCGCCAGGUGUCCAACAAGCUGAAGAAGCGGUUCCUGCGGAAGCCGAACGUGGCCGAGGCCGGCGAGCAGUUCGCGCAGCUGGGCCGCGAGCUGCGCGCCCAGGAGUGCCUGCCCUACGCGGCCUGGUGCCAGCUGGCCGUGGCGCGCUGCCAGCAGGCGCUCUUCCACGGCCCCGGGGAGGCGCUGGCGCUCACCGAGGCCGCCCGCCUCUUCCUGCGGCAGGAGCGCGACGCGCGCGAGCGCCUCGUCUGCCCCGCCGCCUACGGCGAGCCGCUGCAGGCCGCCGCCAGCGCCCUGGGCGCCGCCGUGCGCCUGCACGUCGAGCUGGGCCAGCCGGCCGCCGCCGCCGCCCUGUGCCUCGAGCUGGCCGCCGCCCUGCGCGACCUGGGCCAGCCGGCCGCCGCCGCCGGCCACUACGAGCGCGCCGCGCACAUGCAGCUGCCGCUGCUGCCCCUGGCCGCGCUGCAGGCGCUCGGCGACGCCGCGUCCUGCCUGCUGCUGGCGCGCGACUACACCCGCGCCCUGGCCGUCUUCACGCGCAUGCAGCUCCUGGCGCGGGAGCACGGCAGCCGCCCGGGGCCGCCGCCGCCGCCGCCGCCCCCUGCCACCGCCGCCGCCGCCGCCGCCGGCCCCGCGGCCCCGCCCGGCCCCAGCGCGGGCCCGGCCGCCUCCUCCUCGCAGCCGCCCCCGCCGCCGCCCGCCGCCGCCGCCGCCGCCGCCGCCGCCGCUUCCUCCUCCUCGGCCACGGGCACGGCCGCCACCGCCGCCGCCGCGCCGUCGCCCGCCCUGCUGGGCGCCUUCUCCGACGUGCUGGUCCGCUGCGAGGUGUCCCGCGUGCUGCUGCUGCUGCUCCUGCAGCCGCCGCCCGCCAAGCUCCUGCCGGAACACGCGCGCACCCUGGAGAAAUACUCCUGGGAGGCGUUCGACGGGCACGGGCAGGAGAGCGGCGGCCCGCUGCCCGAAGAGCUCUUCCUGCUGCUCCAGUCCCUGGUCAUGGCCACCCACGAGAAGGACACCGAGGCCGUCAAGUCGCUGCAGGCCGACAUGUGGCCUCUGCUGAGUGCCGAGCAGAACCACCUCCUCCACCUCCUGCUGCAGGAGACCGUCUCCCCCUCGGGCCAGGGCAUCUGAAGAACCGGCCUCCGCCGAAAGAACCCCCGUCCCCCCACCCCACCCCGGGCCGGGGAAUCUGACAGCCGGCCACCGAAACACCCCCCCCACCACCACCACCCACCCCCUGCCUGCCGCGUGCCUCUCCCCAAACCCGUGCGCGCGGGCCUCCUUCCCUCGCUCUCUCCUGGCGGCUCCCUCGGGCCAGGGCAUUUCUCAACCGGCCACCAAAACGGCCCCGCCUGCCUGCCCCGUGCCCCUCGCCAAAUCCGCCUGGGCGUCCCUUCCACCCUCCCGGUGGCUCCCUCCCUCGGGCCAGGGCAUCUGACAACCCCCCCUCCCCCGUGCCCUUCACCAAACCCGCCUGGGCCUGCCGCCCGCCCUCUCUCCCUCCCGGCUAGCCCCUCUCCGUUGAGGGGGGCAGGGCAGUAGGGGACUCGGGGGCCGGUGCUCAGACUUCGGUCGUCUUGCCCCCUCCCCAUGCCCCUGCUCCCGACCUCUCUUGCAGCCCGAGGAAUCGAGAGCUCCUGCAAGUGGCCACUCUCCCAGAGUCUUCUUUCGCCGCGGGUACAAGGGAAAGCUGCGGCCGAGAGCGAGCGAGCGAGCGUGCGCGCGCGCGCACGCCGAGGCUCCUUCCACGGGCUCCGGCAGUGCAAAAAGCAAGAGAGAGCCGCCUCGUCCCCCUCUUCUUCCGCACGUCCGUCCCCCUUCCCGCCCCCCACCCUCGUCCCUCUGUCUGUGUUCCAUGGCGAGGCCCUCCGUUGGUCCCGCUCUGUUCAAAUACAACCUGAUUUUACUGGG